AUGAAGGUUGAGUUGGUGUCCAAACAAAUCAUAAAGCCAUCUUCUCCAACACCCAAAAACCUUAGAACUUAUAAGCUGUCUUUCAUUGACCAGCUUGCUCUUAUGUUGCACACUCGAAUGCUGUUUUUCUAUCCCAAUAUUGAAAACAAGUUUGCUAAUGAUGGGCGUGAGAGGCUAAAGACUUCAUUAUCUGAGACUCUAACCCACUUCUAUCCAUUUGCAGGCAGAGUCAAAGACAACAAAGUGAUUGAAUGUAACGAUGAAGGUGUCGAGUUUUGCGAGACUCGUGUCCAUGGCUUCCUCUCCUACAUCCUUAAACAACCCGACGCAGACUUUGUGCACCAGUUUGUGCCCGUCGAUGAUACCCAUUUAGGAAGUGGGUUUUUAAUGAAAGUUCAAGUGAAUUUGUUUGAUUGUGGAGGUUUGGCUAUUGAUGUGUCCUUUUCUCACAAGAUUGCCGAUGCUUCAACAAUUGAUUCGUUCAUUAAGGCAUGGUCUUGUACAGCUAUUGGGUGCAUGACUGAGUCGAUGCUUCCUAAAUACGUUAUGGAAUCUCAUUUCCCUUCCAUGGAGUUUUCAAAUGAUCUUCCACCUUUAGAGUUCAAACCCUCUAACUGCAUCACAAGAAGGUACGUGUUUGAAUCAUCAGAGAUCACAAAACUGAAGGCCAGAGCAUCAAGCAAAGUGGUGGAGCAACCAACCCGAGUAGAGGCAGUAUUGGCACUAAUAUGGAAAUGUGCGACAACGGCGUCAAGAAUAAACCUAGAAAUAACCAAAAGACCUUCAAAGGUAUUCCAAGCAAUAAAUGUUCGUAAAAGGACAAAGCCACCAUUACCAGAAACCUCCGUCGGGAACUGCUUCUUCGUAGCAGAAAUAGAAGAGAUUAAUGACAGUAGUACAAACAUGGACUUAUUACAAACAUCGGUGGUUCAGCUAAGGCAAGCUCUUGAAUUAUUUUCAAAGGAACGUGCUCAUGAACUUGAAGAUAAAAAUAAUGCUUUGUCAAUACUAAGUGAUGGAUGGAAGAACAUAGAAUUGGCUUACAAGGAGGGCAUAGAUUUCUAUAUGUGCUCGAGCUGGUGCCGUUUCGAGUUUUAUGAAGCAGAUUUUGGGUGGGGAAAACCCAAGUGGGUGAGUAUCCCGUCUACGAAGCGGCCGAAUGGAGAAGGAAAGAAAUAUCCUUGGGUGUUGAAUUGUCCGUUCAUGAAUGUAGAUGGAAUGACUUUGAGUGAACAAAAUAUGGCCUUCUUGGAGAGAAACCAAGAAUUGCUUGAUUUUGCAUCCUUAAAUCCAGCUAUCAUAUAA